CUGCACCCGCACCCUCACCCUUUUCUGUCACCAAUUAAAAAACAAAAGAACGGCUAUUUGACUAGGUUCCUAAUUUGGUGCAGGAAAAUGGAGAACACGACGAUUCUGCGAGAGUGGUUCGAGCGAGUCGACUCGGAGAAAACCGGAAGCAUCACUGCAACUCAGCUCAUGAGUGCUUUAGCCGUUGGUAAUCUCCAAUUUCCUCUCUCUAUUGUCCAACAAAUGAUCAGGAUGUAUGAUUUUGAUAGAAAUGGGACUAUGAGCUUUGAAGAAUUUGUGGCCCUUAAUAAGUUCCUUCUAAAGGUUCAACAUGCCUUCUCAGACCUAGAGAGGGAUCGUGGGUAUCUUCUUCCUGAUGAUGUGUAUGAGGCAUUGGUGAAAAUUGGUUUCACGCUAGACUCUCCAGCUUUUUACACGGUCUGUGAGAGCUUUGACCAAAAGAAGAACGGAAGAUUUCGUCUGGAUGACUUUAUUUCUCUCUGUAUCUUUCUGCAGUCUGCUCGGAAUCUUUUUAAUUCAUUUGAUACAGCUAAGCAAGGCAGAGUUACUCUUGAUCUCAAUCAGUUUGUUUACUGCACUGCCAAUUGUAGAAUAUGAAACCAACAGUGCAGCUGUGAAGUUCCUGUACAUGUUGAUAUAAUAAUUGGGUGAGCAGCUGCUGUUGUCUUUGAUAAUGUAACAAAUCGUGGGACGCUUUGGUGUAUGUUAAUUCAUGUGCAUGGCAGAUGGAAAACCUAAAUUGAUUGAGAUUCUUAUUUGUUGCCAAUGCAAUUCUUGCAAGGAUUUGUGAAAUAUUUGAAGAGUAGCCAUUCAUGGUGGCAGAUUCAGAAAUAUUUGUCAAUGGGGAAAUAUGUACGAGUGGUUAUAUGUAUACACACUAAAAUAAAGAUAAAUAUAUGAAUCUCAAUAAUUUUAUUUUUA